AGCGCAAAUAGAACGGCGCAUGUUUCCAAUCCAUACAUGCGCAGUGAAUUUUCAUCAUUUUCGCUGGUCGAUUGCCGUUUUACACUUAGUUUUUCAGCUGAUCACGCAUUCUGCGGCCGCGUGCCAGACGCUGCUCUCGUGUCAUGAUCAUAACUCUCGUCGCUCAGUGAAUUCCGCCGAGUGUUUCCGUAGUUGACUUAGCUAGUGUCAGAACUCAAAAUGUUUUCGGGAAUUACCAAUCAAGUUACUUCGUGGAUGGGGGCUGCUAAGGGUGAGCCGCAGGACGAGGAAGUGCCGACUCCAACCAGUACCAAGGAUGCGACUGCAACUGGAGGAGAUCAAGCCGCAGAUGGGGAGAAACAAAGCCCCACUAAAGGCGCCGCGGGCAGCAAGCUAGACAUCAUCACCAACGUCAAGUCGCAGAUGACCGGCUGGCUGGGAUCUGGAAUCCCUAUCCCGGGGCUGAGGAAAAAUGAGGCACCUCCCGCUGAGCCCACCGAGCCCAUUCCAACUGAGCCCAUCGAAGAGUCCAAACCCGAGGGCAAAGAUGAUGAUGAUAACUCUAGGUAUAUUAGCGCCACCGGCGGGGCCGACAGCAGACCCGCUUCAACUGGCGGUACUCCCACUGAGGAGCAGCCUGCCGGCGUUGGGAACGGUCAGCAGAGCAAAGCCUUUUUCUCAGUUGAUGCUAUUGAAGUACCUGACAUGCAAGAGUUGACUACCAAGGCAGUGGCGGGCGCCAAAUCGCUGGGCAACUUCUUAUACUCCGCUGUGAACAAGGCCGGGGCUAAAGUUAGCGAAGCCAGCGCUAAGAUCAAGAAGACCGUCGAGGAGAACAGCAUCCUGGGCGAGUUCAAUCGUGAGCAAUCGGAGUUCAUCAAGGGCCAGGAGGGCCGCGGGGGCUCCGCCGCUGUCGCCCCGUGGGUCGGGGCGCACAACGAAGCCGCUCUCAAGGAAGAGUGUCUUUCGCUCUCUGUUGAUCGGCGGAACUUCGUGCGCGCACCGCCCGCCGGCGUCGAUUUCGACUUUGACUACGACAAGAUGUACCCGGUGGCCGUCGCCAUCAUGGCCGAAGAUCCCAACCUCGAGAAGAUGCGCUUCGAACUCGUGCCGAAAGUUAUCACGGAGGAAAACUUUUGGCGGAACUACUUCUACCGCCUGUCUCUGAUCUGCCAGGCCAACGAGGCUGACGCCGCAGCCGCUAGCCGUCAAGCCAGCGCUGACGACUCUCAGGACGAUAAAUCUUCAAGUGACAGUCUGAUCGCAAAAGAGCGGUCGUCGCAAGAGUCCAUCGAGGACGCGAAACAACGAAUAAAGUCGUUGAAAGUCGAUAGAGAGAACGACGAUGAGCAAUGGGAGAAGGAACUGGAGGCCGAACUGAAAGAGUACGAGGUUGUGGCAGAGAAAACAGCUGACGAAAAGUGGGAGAAGGAGUGCGAGGACCUGCUGGGAGAUGAAAUGGACCUCAAGUAGACCAGCAAAUUUGAUUCUGUUCGUCAAAUCGUGGGCGUAUCCUGAAGCCUAAGAAAUUUUUCGAUUAAAAAAUACAGUUCAGGCUUAACCACUAUCUUGAUGUUAUUGACACAAAACAAGUCAAUUUCGUGAGGUACAGGAAUAGUCUGCAUUUCCAAUAUCAAUUUUAAUGUCAGCUUUGGCUAUGGCACUGGAUUUUCUGUACAUCGUUGACAUUAAUGCACCCUUUUGAGAUCCUGUGCUGCGAAGUGUAGGAUAUGCCCACGAUGAGGCGCCGCAACUUCCAUUAAGAACAGACAAUUUCAUUGACGUCAUCGUCGAUGCAGCUAGCAUUAUUGGAGUGCGCUUUUGCGAAUGAUUACCUAAUUAAAAUCAUGGCAUUACAUAUUUACAACGCGAAUGUUUUGCAAGUAUUUGUUUCCUAUGACUGUACAAGUUUUUUUUUAAUAUCACUCGGCAGUUGUGGGAUUCCCGAAUGGACCCGAAUGCAAAUUUCUAUAUCGGGUAAUUAUUAGAUUUGUCACCUAUAAUAAUUUGUACCUAUAAAAAUGUACCAAGCAAUUUAACAAAAAUAUAACCUAAAUAAAGAGUAGUAAUAGUAGUCCGGUCUGCAACAAGUGCAAAGGGCAUCGAAUGGAAAUCCGAUCAUAGCCGAGGAAACACGAAGAUUGCCGAGAUAUUCAAGGUUUUAUAAAGUUUGCACCAGAUUUGCGCCGGUGACAUCGCCAUUAUUGGGUAAUUUAUAGAUUGGGUAUCAUCCCAAAACGUUUACUUGUCGGUGACAAAGAAAUGUCAACCUUCAGUAAAAAUAAUAAAACACUCUCGAUUACAUUCAAAUAAGCCACAUAUUUGUUCCAUAGCGUGGCUACCAACUUGCUACUAGUUUUAGAAAAAUUCGUGACGUCUGUUUGUUUCCUUCCGUGGCUUAGCGUGGCAUCUAACACGUUGGUUCGAGUCCAGCCGGAUCGAAAUGGAAUUUUUCUGAGUGUUCGAUCUUUGUUUAGUAAUAAUUAUAACAAACCAGUGGAGUAAUUUCACAAAAUUAAAAUCACGGUGGUCGAACGUCUUGACAUUCAAUAAAUACUUAAUGAUUUUGGCAUCCCUAAACGAACAACCAUAAUCGUGUUCGUUGGAGACGAAAUCAUCCAUUCAAAUGUGCAUAUCCAUCACGGCUGAGUCGUGCGUCUGGUGGUAAGCUCAGAGCUUUAAAUUGAGACGUGAAUUGACAAGUCCCAAGUCCAAUUUCACCACCAAAAUGUGAUUAGGAAAAUCUUGCAUUGCCUGCGGCCCAAUUCUGCAAUUUUUUUAAACCACUGAUUGUAAUUCCAUUGAGAUUACAUUGCAGCUACGAUUAUAGACAUAUUUGCUACUCUGUUAAAAUCUAGUUGCAAUGGCAGUUAAGUAUCAGUGGAAUGUCAGCGAUGGCAUAUCCAUACAUUCAAUUAUUAACGGUCGAUGUUGCCGAUCGUCGAAUUUUGCUUAACAGUUGGUCACUAGAACCAACUUAUCUCUGAGGCUCUAUUACAUUUCCACGGCACAUAACAUAAUGUAGCUUAUGCCAAUUGUGUAACAUAGAAAUUAGAUACGAUGCGGUAGCCGCCGAAAUUCCCGGAACUGCAAAAUUCUCCGUAAGACGAGUGACCAGUUUUUUUUUUGGCUCGUAUCUAGUUUGUACGUUACACAAUUCGUUGGUCCAGACGAACAGGGUGUUAUCUCAAAAACACAUAUUUUUCAGAAGAGCAAAAAAAAGAAUUAAAAAGAAUUUAUUUAAAGCCUACACAUUUAACAGUAUUUUCGAAUACUUCUUAUUCAGUUCAGUCGUUUUGACAAAAUCCUGAAUUUGUUCACAGAGGUCAAUUAUCGUUUUGAACAUAGAAUAUGUGUGAUUCAGAGUUUUAAUUAAACUAUUCAAACGUAUUACUUUUAAAUGAAAGAAGGAAUAAUAUUCAAUUCGGUAAAACUUUGCGGAACGUAGUAGUAUCUCAAAAAAUUACUCUGUACUUAUAGAUUACCAUAACAAUUCAAUGAAAAAAACAUCGCAAAAAACCUUAAAAUUCUUCGUUUUAGAAAUAAAUAUUUUUAAAAUACACUUACCUUAUAAUGAACACAUGCUGUAUUUUCGUUUUAAUACCUGUUCAACGAACGACGUCGUCUUGACUGUGACGUCUUCGUGUGUAAUACUGUAUGCGACUGUGUUGCUCCAUGUUUGGGCCCAAAACGUGCAAAUAGUGCAGAGAUACUAACCUGCCUCCCGCGCCAUUUCACGUCCGCUUGUUAUAAGACCUUGUUCUGUUGAACUCCGAUUUUUUAAAUAGGACUGCAUUUUAAAGUAAAAAGUCCACAUUUUUGAGUUGAUGCUCUGUUCAUCCAAGGCAACGAGUUGACAUUAAGUUCAUAGUGCUAUGAUUACAAAAAAUCGUCCAUAUGAUUUUAGUUAUUAAUAAAAUUCGCUAAAGUGAAUUCGGAAGUUGAAGUAACAAACAUUAAUAAAUAUGGAAACGCUCUGGGGCGCCCAAUUUUUUUUCUUAUGAACUUAGGUACAUAAGUGUAAUAUGAGUUUUACCUUUGCCGUAGGCCUACUUCCCUGAGGCCCCUUUGAAGGCGUGUUUUAAACCACAAUUUAAACUGGGUUAUUUUUAAAAUGCCAGCAACCUCGCGAGACAAUGUUGCUAACAUCAUUAACAAGAACUUUUGUUCCAUGACUUAUUACAAAACAUACAUUUGUAAGUUUUUUUUGUGCUAUCCGUUUUAUCCGUUAUCCGCUAUUAAAAUGCAUUUAUUUUUCUAUGAAAGUAAAAUUUGAUGAAUUAUUAAAAGACAUGGUUGUUGUUUAUGAUAGUAACUAAAAAAUAUAGAAUGUAGUAUUUAAUAAGUAAUCCU